AAUGCAGUUGGCGAUUGCCUUAAAAAGAAAAACCAGCUGCUUCUCAGCUGUCAUGUCCGCAGGGCCCCAGAGCGAAGAGCAGCCGCUACGCCACAGGAGCUGGGGGAAACAGAGACGCCCCAAUUAUUCCCUGCCUGAUUCUGGGGCAAGGAGAACCCAGACGUGGAUGGCGAAGAUGGAGUGUCUCAGACCAGUCUUUGUCCUGCUGCUGGCUGGGAUCUUCAUGGAAGGCCCUCAGGUCCAAUGUUUCUCCCUCCGCAAAAGAGACCUCUUCUCCGUCAGAGAGUCAACCCUGGACAUGGCCCUCAGCUCCUUCGAUGACCAGUACAAGGACUGCGCCAGCAUGAUGGAGGCCGAGCUGGGGGAGCUGAACCGCACCGAGUUGGCCAACAACAGAAACUACGCUGAGACCUGGCUGGAGGCAGCCUCCAGCUGGAAAGAGAUGAAGGACAGGAGCUACAUGCCGCGGGACUUCAAGCCCGAGUACGCCAUCGCCAUCUUGGCCUACACCAGCCAAGGCCCCCUGCACAAGCAGCCCCUUCACCAGGAGUUCAACGCAGCCGUGAGAGAGGCAGGCCGCACCCGGGACUUUUACCUCAACAACUUCAACUUCAAGACCCUGCACUUCCUCCUGACCAGAGCCCUUCACGUCCUGAAGGCCUCCGAGCCCACGAAGUGCCACCAGGUGUACCGCGGAGUCCGGGGCAUCCGCUUCAAAACCGAGAGUCGCAAGCCCGUCCGGUUUGGCCACUUCACGUCCACGUCCCUGAAGAACGAGAGUGCCCUGAAUUUCGGGCAGGACACGUUCUUCUCCAUAAAGACCUGCUACGGGGUCAACAUCAAGAACUUCUCCCUCUUCCCUGGCGAGGACGAAGUGCUGAUCCCCCCCUUCGAGAAAUUCAAGGUCACCAACUUCACCAGGGCUCAGGACAGAACCUUGAUCCAGCUCCUGUCCCUGGACAGCUACAGCAACCACAACUGCGAGUAUGUGAAAGAGAAAAGAUGCAAGACCCGGAGAUGCAUUUUCAGCUCCGGAAUGAGCAGUUUCUCCUCUGGCGUAGAGUGCCUGUACCUCCUCAGUGGAGUUCUUCUGGUGGCAAGUGCUUUGGGAACACCCGACUUCCUUUGACAUCCUACUCAGCAUGCUCGCUCUCUCCCUGAGCUGUCAUUAAAACUCGGUAGAAAUUUCUUCGAGGAAAAAGGACAUGAAGAAAGAAACCCUGGAUCCCAUCUGCUGGUGUCUCAGGCCAGAAGAGACCAUUGUGAUCACCUGCCCUGACCUCCUGCAUCUCGCAGGCCCUAGAACUGCCCGGGAUUAAUUCCUGUUUGAACCAGAGCAGAUCUUUGAGGAAAAACCGCCCAUCUUGACUGAAACGUGGCAAGUGAUGGAGAUACACCUGAUCCUUGCUAAAUUGUUCAAUUACCCUCAGUGUUAAAAAUUUCCACUUAGUCUGUAGUCCCAAUUUGUCUACCUUCAACGCCCAGCCAUCGAUUCUUGUUCGACCUUUGCCUGCUAGUUUUAAGAGCCCGCUCUAAUCCAGUUUCUGUUCCCCGUUAUAAGUGCUGAUAGAAUGCAAUCAUGUCACUCCAGAACCGUCUCCUCAUUAAGAGACUGAGCUCAUUGAGUUCCUGGGGCAGCCUUGCACUGGUCCCCCGAGAAAGUUCUGUCUCCUGCAUGGACGAGCUUUACCCCUGCUGUCGAGAGUCCCAUUGUGCCACUUAUUACUGUUUAAUUUAUCAAUUUGUUCCAAAAACUCCUCUAUUGACACCUCCAUCUGGGACAGUUCCUUGGG